ACCACACCGGCUGACCUCGUCGCUGACCUCGUCGCUGACCUCGUCGCUGACCUCGCCGGGGCCUAGCGGCGGGCUACAGCGCCUUCCAGCAGGGUAGCCACUGCCAGAGGCGCUAAUCUCGCUGACUGGGAACCCUACACUACAGCAGCUAUAGGCCCCCAGCCCCAGCUCUCCGUCACGCGACGCCUCUCCUCCUCGCUCCUCCUCCUUCACAUCGCCGAGCAUCCACAGCCAUGGUUUCGAAAGCCAAACAAAGGAGGGCCGCGGCCGCGAUAACGACGGUGCCGCAGCCGCCCGUAGAAGACGUUAUUACGGUCGUUAGUCCGGCCGAUGAUCUCGCCCGGGCUAGAGCGCUGGAAAGGCCGGUUCGGCCCCGGCGCCCAUCAGAUUAACGACCUCGCGGCGAUGGGCCUGACAAACCUGCUAUUCUACUUGCGCGAAGUGAUCUUGCAAGACUCGGCGCUCCUUAUGCCGCAGUUCCCCGACAACCCGGUGUGGAACCACCCGGUUUUUCAGCACGAGGCGUACCGGCCAUACGCACAACAGGUCUUGGCCUUUGCACAGGGGGAAGAGCGGCCGAGCCAGCUGGCCAUGAUAGCCCAGGCGCUGCCGACACUUCUCACCACGGGACUUACCUUCGAAGUCAAAGCAGCCGGUUCGCAGGUGGUCGCCGCCGCGGCCGCCGCAGUCUUACCGCCGCGACCGGAAGGAAAAGAAAGGGGGGAGAGCCGGUAUACGGCUACCCAGUCAAGUAGCGAAAGCAACCGCGCAACGAGCCUCGGCCCGGCGAGAACGGACGACGCGCCGGAGCCACAGCCGCCACAAUACCGCAUGUACAGGGCCGUCAAGACGGUAGAGGGACUUUGGCACGAAUGGACCGUCGGCCUUCGGGGAAUGCCGGCCAUAGCGGCCCUCGACAGGAAAUGGGGAAGCCGGUGGCGUGCAGGGCGGCGGAGCGAGCUGCAGUGGUAUCAUCUGCGGCUGGAGGUCAUCAAGGAGAUCCAGCGCGUCGCACAAGCGCAGCGGAUCGGCGAGCAGGCGGCGAUAUAUAUCGUCAACAUGCAACAGCAGCGGACGGGCUGCUCCCUUGACCAGUUUUGCAAGCGUCUACGGGCGAACAGAAAGGAAGGCGAGGCCGGUCGGCCGGCCGUGCAACGGUGCAAGCGUAGUGCAGGAGCAUCGUAUUGUGUACUAGUAGUAAUGCAACAGUAUUCCCCAUUCUGA